GUCUAGUUUCAUCACCAUUUGAUCAAUACAAUAACUCCUGGGUCUCUAUGCCUUUGGCGAUACAAUGAUAUUCUUCAAAAUUCUGGCAUAUUGAAUUUUCUAUCAAGUUACAAGAUGGAGACUUUUAAAUCUAAUUUUGAUUUUUGGUUCAAGGUGAUGCUGUUAAUGAAUACUUCAAGUUGGUGUGUGGAUCCUAUGUGUUCGGUGCCAUGACCGGUCUCCUCAGCUCAUGUAGUGCAAGCUCUGUAAGUACAUUAUUAUUAAUAAAUAUUAUAUGUACCUAAGUCCGGAACAGAAAUAUAGAUAAGAGAACAAUAAUCCGUUCAAAAACAUUUUCAAAGUGAAUUAGCAAGUAAAGCUGUGAAUGGAAACAUUUAGCAUGUUCAAUUUUCUGCACCAAAUCUUUCAGCAGAAACUGCCUAACAAACAUAUCAAUGAAUCAUAUUGUGAGAUUACAUAUUAUUGUCUCCUAUUUAAAGCAGUUAUUUAACACAAUUAAUUCGUCGAUAUGCUUUUUAGGCAGUUUCAACUGCAGUCAUAUAGCAUUUUGGUGCAUAAAGUAGAACAUGCCUUGGUACAUUGGCAAUUCACAGCUUCACUUGCUAGAUUACCGAAACAAUUACUUCACUUGUCUAUUUAUUUAUUUUUAACACAAAAAGGAAAAAAGAUAAAUGUGCUUAAUUUGUGAUAGCUUAUCCUUUUAUAAGGAAUGCCAUAUUUGUGAUAGCUGAUCAUUUUAAGUUUGUCAUUGAAUGGUCAUAAACUAUCAAUUCAAGUGAUCACAAACUCACAGUCGCGCAUUUCUCACGGUCAUAUACGUUGGAAUGAUAAAAAUGUUUCAUUUUAUAGGUAUGUGUUUUGUUGAUGUUUAACAUAUACUCAUCGUGAGUUUAAUUAGGCAAGUCUUUUUUUUGCUCAAGACCGUUUUAAUUUCCCCCUAAUGCUGAUUAAUUUUUCAAUAUGGAAGAAACAAAUUAGUGAACUCAUACAAGAGACUGCAUCCCUAGCUUGGUACGACCAGAAAUAUACUGCUGGUACUAAAUCAUUACAACAACAACAACAACAACAUUUCAUUUAGACUUAGUUUUUCAUCAGAUACGAAAAUUUUCUAGUCUUUUUCAUAAAAUACUUGUUGGACAAGGCGAUAAUUUCAAAUUAACCUGCUUUAGUCUUACUUUGAAUUGUUUCUUGUCCGCUACAAAAUUAAGUCAAGCCUGACGUUUUGACAUAUGUAUUCACGAGGGUCCUUUUACUUCAAAAAGACAGCUACACGUGAGCACAUAUCAAGUUUUGAACUAGUACAUGUACAUGCAGUGGGGACGUAGGAUGUGAUUGAUAUAAAUGUGACCUAAUUGUAAUCAGAUCUUCAUUAACUUGCUUAAUGAAAUUUACAUUUUUAGCAAAAGAAAAAAAGGAAGCCAAUCGGUGAUUUAGAAAAAUUAUAACGUAGAUGAACCAAAGGCCAAAGCAUGUAAAGUUGAUCAUAAGUUCAUUAUUCAUAACUCUAGGUUCCUUUGGAUUCUUCCUACGUUCACUAACUAUAAAUAUCGUACUGAAAAAUGGAUUAUCUUUAAAAGGAUGAAUAUAGGAUUGAUUGGUUAUCUCUAACAACAGCCCUGCGUCCAAAGUUGCAAACGCUACAUUUACAUAUAUAUGGUUACCGACUUACAGUUACUACUUACUACUAGAGAAUCGUAUCUCAAAGGGUGUCAAUUUUUGUUUCCCUCGACGAGUUUCCACAUAUGACAUGCCUCUGCUAUUGGCUCUUCAAUAACCAAACACUUAUUGACAAAAAGAACUUUACCUCUCGGGCUAAUCUUUUAUAGCUAGCACUUGUAAGAAAAAAACUAGUGAUUAGGCCUGGAGUAGCAUAUUAAUUGGUUUGAGACAAACAAAAGGACAUAUAGAUAACAGGACACGAGACACAAGACCUAACACGUUUUGGAUGAUCGCUCUCACCUUUACCUAAUUAGCAAUUAGCCUACUCAACUAUCUUUCCUUUACUAUACAUCCCACCAUCUUAAUUGUAUCAUUUCCAAAACUCUCCUACGUCCUAUUUGUUACUACAUCGUAACUUAUGCUCUAUAACAUUUAAUUAUUCUAACCAUCACUACAUUUAAGCAGGUUUAUGAUGAUAAAUAGACUAACCCCAUCCCAUCCAAUUGAUAGUAAGCAAACACAAACCGUCAUCAGUCUAUGACUUUAACUAAAGGUAAAUUAAUCAAAUCAUCAUCAGCCUUAGCUACGCAUUAAACAAAACGACAAUACUUGUGGGGCCCAGUUACGGACCAAACCGGUUUUCAAUAGAUGAGUGUAAGAGACAGAUUAAUUUCGGUUUAGCGGAGAAAAAAAAAGAAAGAAAGAUAAUCGCCGUUGCUGACGUGACGUCACCGCCGAUUCUUAUCCUCAAUGGAGACGACGCCGGAGACUCAACCAAAAUCCCAAUCGCAAACCGGCUCCUCCCACCGUCUCCCGCCGGGACGCGAGGACUGGUGGAGCGAGGACGCGACGGCGACGCUGAUCGAAGCGUGGGGAGACCGCUACGUCAACCUCAGCCGGGGAAACCUCCGGCAGAACGACUGGAGAGAGGUCGCCGACGCGGUGAACUCGAUCCACGGCGGCGGCGGCGGCGGGAGGCCGAAGACGGACGUGCAGUGCAAGAACCGGAUCGACACGCUGAAGAAGAAGUACAAGACGGAGAAGGCCAAGCCUUGUCCUUCGUCCUGGUGCUUCUUCGAGAGGCUAGACUUCUUGAUCGGUCCCGUCGCGGCGAAGAAGUGUACCGGAGUUGUGAGACCGGCGGUGGUGAAGAAUCCGACCGGAUCUAAAUCGAGUGGGAGCUCUUUGGAUGAUGAGGAUGAGGAGGAGGAGGAUGAUGAGGUGGGUGAUUGGGGGUUUGUGGUGAGGAAGCAUAGGAGAGUGGAGGAUGUGUAUCCGAGUGGAGGUGAAGGUUCGUCGAGUAGGGAGCUGGCGAGAGCGAUUUUGAAGUUGGGAGAGGUGUACGAGAGGAUCGAAGGUGCGAAGCAGAGGAUGAUGGUUGAGUUGGAGAAGCAGAGGAUGGAAGCUGCCAAGGAGCUUGAGUUGCAGCGGAUGAACAUGUUGAUGGAUAUGCAGAUGGAGAUCGAAAGAUCAAAGCUUGGCAAACGUAGAGCUGUUGCUGCUUCAGAUAAGAAGUUGUCGGAUUAGAUUUUAUGGAGAAGCUAUACUGUGGUAGAGCAAGGGAGCAAUGGUUGGAUGAUCUGAGAAGCUCAUUCGGAGAAACUGUUAUUAUUCUUAAUCACUAGGUUUCAUUGUUAGAGCAAUGUUUUUUUUUUUUUAACUUAUUAUGUUUACUUAUCUUAUUUAGGGUACAUUGGUAGCAAAGCAGAUUGGUGAAAGAAACUCUUGUAGUAAUCUGACAGACAUAUCAACAUGUACUUUUUGUCAAGUGUUAAAAUGUAUUAUGGUUUGUGUA